AUGCAAAAAAUUGGAUAAAACUUUGAAUUAAAAAAAAAGCUAGGUUCUGGUGCUUUCGGAGAUAUCUACCUGGGAGUGAACACAAAAAAUAACAUUGAAGUAGCUAUAAAAUUAGAGCCCAUCUCUUCUUAAUGUCCUUAGUUGAGAUAUGAACACGAAAUUUAUAAAAGAUUAUUGGCAGAUAAUUCAAGUAUUGAUAGAGGCAUACCUCAUGUCUAUUACACAUCAGAGGAAGGCGGCUAUACUUUUAUGGUCAUGGAUCUAUUAGGGUCAUCCUUAGAAGAAAUAUUUGUGUCAAAGAAAAAAAAGUUUUCUUUAAAAACAGUUGUGAUGAUUGGAUUACAAUUUUUGGAGAGAAUCGAAUUCAUUCAUUCUAAAGGCAUCAUACAUAGAGAUAUCAAGCCUGAUAACUUUUUGAUUGGGAAGACCAAUAAAUAAAAUAAAAUAUACAUCUUAGACUUUGGAUUGGCAAAACGAUUCAUUAAAGAGAAUGGACACAUUCCUUAUAGAGAAUCGAAGACAUUGACUGGAACAGCUAGAUAUUGCAGCUUAAACACUCAUUUGGGUGUAGAGUAAAGUAGAAGAGACGAUAUUGAAUGUAUGGCAUAUGUAUUAUUUUAUUUUCUCAAAUCGACUUUGCCUUGGUAAAAUAUGAGAGCAAAAAAUAAGAGAGAAAAAUAUGAAAGAAUUAUGGAGAAGAAGAUGACCACAACAUAUGAUGAAUUAUGCAAAGGAGUCCCCAAAGAAUUUGGUUUAAUAUUAAAACACGCUAGAAAUUUAGAAUUUGAGGAAGAACCUAAUUAUAAAUAUUUGAGAGGCUUGCUCGAUACUAUUUGUUAAUAGGAAAGAAUAACUGUUGAUAAUUAGUUUGAUUGGUGUAAAUGA